AAAAAAGAUAAGAUAUCAAAUGGAACAAAUAGAUUCCAUUCCAGGAAAAUUAUUAUGUGCAAUAUAUAUGUUAUCGAAAAAUCAAUAAUUGGGGGCUAAGCAAAAAAGCCAUUUGAAAGGUAAAAAAAAUAUGAAAUUUUAUUUUAGAUCUUGUAAUUCAAUAAGAUUAAAGAAUGAUUGAUAUCAUAGAAGAAUAUCUCGAAAACAAAAACAGUAAAUAGUUAUUCGGAUAACUUUUACAAAUAUGUAAUGAAGAAUCAUUUAUAUCUGAUGAUUGUGUUUCAUAGACAAGCAAUUAUAAGUAUCGUCGUCCUCAAAUGAUUAUUUUACCAAACAAAAAAUUUGAAAUGAAUUUUAGAAAGUUUAGUCAAGGGUAAAAAGUGAGCUCAGAAAAGUCAUUAAGUUAUUAUAAAUAAAGACAUUAGAAUACACAUGAGAGUUGA